AUGGCAUUAUUUGCUGCUUUUAUUUUACUGAACGAUGAAGAGGAUGCUCCCGAUCACAUUAUGAGAGUUUCACGAAGAACACUAAGAGACACAUAUACAAGCCGUGCCCUCAUAGAAGAAUUAGUGCCAUUUAUGCCUGAACUGUCCAGAAGAAGUGCGAUCCCUCAUGAAUUACAGAUACUAGCAUCGUUAAACUUCUUUGCAUCGGGAUCUUACCAAAGACGAGUUGGGCAAGAUUUUUUAACGUGUAUGUCCCAAACAUCACUCAGCCGUAGUCUACACGCUACAGUAAAUGCAUUAAAUAACGUGAUGGACAAUUGGAUUCGAUUUCCAACAACUGCUGACAGAAUUCAACACAUCAAAGAAGGAUUUUUCAGGGCUGGUGGUUUUCCUGGCGUGAUUGGGGCAAUUGAUGGGACGCACAUUGCCAUAUUUCCACCUGAAGUAGAAAGGGAACAUUUGUUUAUCAACCGGAAAUCGUAUCACUCGCUAAAUGUAUUAGUUGUUUGUGAUUCCACAUGUGAAAUAUUGGCUGUAAAUAGUUCUCAUGGUGGGCGGACGCACGAUUCUCGAGUUUUACGAUCCUCAAGAAUAUUCACUCAUUUAGAACAAAGAUACGCAGGAGGAGAAAGAGAUUUCUGGCUUCUAGGUGAUUCUGCAUAUCCGCUCCAACCGUUUCUGCUAACGCCAAAGUUAAAUCAAGAGGAAGGAACUCCAGGCGCAAGAUAUACGGAUCACCAUGCUCGGACUCGUGUCGCUGUAGAAAGAUGUUUUGGCAUUGUAAAGGGUCGCUGGCGUUGUCUACGGAAGGAACGGGCUUUACACUAUUGUCCACAAUUUGCUGCGCUCAUUGUAAACGCCUGUUGCGUUUUACACAAUAUGGCUAUGAGACGGGGGAUUCCGUAUGAGGAAGUUCAUCUGGAUGAAAUGGACCUUGCGCCACCGAUACCACACAAUGACGUCCAGGAAGAACAGGGAGUACAAACCCGAAAUCGCGUGAUUCAGUUAUUUUUUACUAAUUAA